AGUAUAAUUUUUGUUUUGGUUUUGUUGUAAACAAUGAAUUGGGGAACCUAAACAUGAUUAAACCCCGGGCCUAAAAUAAUCUUCUUCAUAGGCCCAAACCAGGCCCAUAAUAUUGUGAGGGAAAACAUCAAAGAAAGUAGGGGUUUACGAUCGAGGCGAUGGAACCCUAACUUGCAUGAGAGAAGAUGAAAACAGCGAAAGAGAAAAGAUGUAAAUCUAAGUCGAGGGAUGAGAAACUUAGGCACCGGAAGAAGAAGAAGAAGGUGGAGAUGAAAAAAAGGAAAAGGGCGAGUGCUUCUGUUGCCCCCGAAAAGCCUUCUGUAGAGAAGGAGGAGGAGCCAGAGAUGAAGGAUCGCGGGGAGAUUACGAGUCUUGAUGAUCCAGAGCUUUGGGCAGAAUUUGAAACGGAAGGAAUUGAUCGGAUCCUGAGAGGCGAAAUUAAACCCAAGACCUUGAUCACGACUGGUCCUAUCUACGCUUCUGUAAAAUUCCCUCAGAGGGGACCUCAUAUUGCGGAGGAGUUGGUCUCGGUGUUCCCCAACUCUAAAUACUUUAGGAGGAGGAUUAACUCCCAGUUAACUGAGGUCAUAGAAUUUGCAAUCAGCUAUUUAAAGGAAAUAGAGCCGAAUGAGCCAUAAUAGAUGGCUUUGUUUAGUUCGUAUUCAAUAUAUACUAGUCCUAAAUUUGAUGUGUUUUUGACACGACAAACGUUUUAAGGGCAAAAAUAAAAAAACAACAAGUCAAAUCAUUCUAGUUUAAUUCUGUAAGCUCCUUUCUAGUAAACAAUUUUAAUA